UCAGGUUGUUAUGGACCGGCCCGGCUCUCUGCUCGCUUUCCAGCUGUUUCCAGCCACGGACUGUGACCCAGUGACGUUUGAAAAUGGAUGUUUUGAUUAAUAUUUUUUUUCCAGAAGCCUUGUGCGCCGGGUGGAUUUCAGCGUCUCGGAAACUGAGCUGAAAGUUUGACCAGAUCGGCGCUCAUGUGGUGCUCCUCAGCGUGGGAUAAUACGAUGUAACCAUCUCACUAACUUGUGAAAUAAAUCCCUUCACAUCAUUUUGGUGGAUAACAGCGACGGGACGAUGCUGGAGUAGCUGCGGAUCAGUCUGAUCUGUGAGACUCUGCGGUGUUGGAGUGGAAAUGGACUCUCGGUUUGGAAAUCCCUCUGGUCCCAAAAGGUUUCCAUCAAGCUCCUGGAAGAUCUAGCAACGAGGAAAUCACCAUGGAGUACUUUUAAUUGUCUAUUAACUGUUUCUGCUUAUUUGUUGACUCUGUUUUGGUGUUUAAGUAAAGCGACGACCACAAUGAUUUCGGAGGAGAGAAGCAGCCAUGUAUCCAAACAAGCCCUGAACUUCCCUGUGGGUUUAUUGAUCCGCUCCCCAAAGAAGCGCCUGGCCAAGCUGGGGAGGAAGCCGAGCAAUGGAUCAGUACAGUCCAACAACUCGGACAGCACCGUCCGCUCCUCAGAGAGUGUGGGUGUCCGGCAGCCGGCCAAGAGCAAAAUCCGCCGUCACAACAACAGACUGUCCACUGUUUUCAACCGCAGCCCCAACCUGCGGGACGGCGGCCAUCGCGGCCGGAGCAUGGCCGGAGACCUGCAGGCCGCCGACGACCCGGCUGAGCUGUCCAGUCAGAUGUCGGCUCCUGGCAUCCUCAAGAUCUUCGGCAGCGACAUCUGUCAGGGGACCAACUACAAGAGUGUGCUGGCCACCACCCGCUCCAGCGCCAAGGAACUGGUGAAGGAGGCUCUGGAGAGGUACUGCCUAGAGAAAGAGAACGCCAGCGACUACGUGCUGUGCGACGUGAUCGGCCAGACCGGCGCAGAUCACCAGUGGAAGAGGGAGUGCUUCCGCGUGGUGGGCGACAACGAGAAGCCCCUCAUGUUGCAGUCCCUCUGGAAGCCCAAGGAAGGCUUCUCCAGGCGUUUUGAGAUCCAGAGGCGAGCGAGCAUAGAGGAACAAAGUGCAAAGGACACGGACACGGUCACGGCAGGCAUCAACGCUCAGGCCCGUAAGCUGCAGAAGAUCCGCUCCAGAGUCACCUCGCUGUUCGUGGAUGGCAGCGGGGACGACGUGGACGGCCUGGGCAUUUGGAGAAGCCUGAGCGAGAUGGACCUGUCCGCCAUGGGGAGGGAGGCCAGCCGGGCGCAGCAGAACCCGCUCAGGGAGGACCCCGAGGCCGAGGCCGACAAGGAGGUCCUGCGGCUGGGCAUGGAGAAGGAGGAGACGGAGAGCAGCGAUGACAACACCACCCAGUACUCCAUCCACCCGCCCUUCGAUUUCCCUUACUUCCUCCUGCUGCAGGGCUACAACCACAGACAGGAUUUCGUCAUCUACCUGAUGAGCGGGACCACCACCAUCUUCGGCUGCUGCAGGGAGCACUCCAACGGAGAGGACGAGGAGAGAUUAAAGGUCGACAUCCUCCUCUUUGCUCCCGAUGUGUUGCCCCAACACUGCUGCGUCCGCCGCCUGGACCCCACCAAAACCACCUCCAGCGGGGAGCCCAGACAGACACUGACAAUGCUGAAGCCCCUGCACGGUGCUCCGGUCACCAGGAACGGUUUUCCCCUGAAGGAGGAGGUUGAACUGAGUCCGGGAGACCUGGUGGGCUUGGGGAAACACUAUCUGUUUAUGUUUAAGGAUCCCACCAUGACGCCGGGAUCCCCCCAGACUCCUCCGUGGAUGACCCGGCUCUGCCCGGACUCUGACUCAAAGGCGUCGUCCUCUUGUCUUUCCUGUGGCUCCUCUUUCUCAGUCAAAAGGGCCCAGAGGAAGCCUUCGCCUCCUCGAUGGAGAGACCUGGAGGGCUCCGAGGCCUCGCUGAACUAUGAGCUCGAGCAGGAGGAGAGGGUUCUGCAGGAGAUCCUGGUCACGCUGGAGCCCGGUGGGAACGAGCCGAAGCUGACGCCGGCUUUCCUGCUCAGCCUCUGCAUCCAGCACUCGGCCGCUGCGUUCGAACUCACGCACUUCCGAAAGUUGCUGCUGCGGAUAUCCAGCCUGAUCCAGCUUGAGAUGUGGGAGAAGACAAAGGAACUCGCAGCGAUCCAUCCAGAAACGGGCUCCGGUGACGAGCAGCCUGAGCAGCUGCAGCUGCUGAGCAUGGACGAGCUGAUCCCAGGUCUGCAGCCGCUCGUGCUGUGGAUGGCCAACUCCAUUGAGCUGCUGCACUUCAUCCAGCAUGAAGUCCCUCAGCUGCUGCCCUGGAGGCAGGACCAGGAGCAGGAAGGCGUGUUGGACUCUGAGAUGUCCUCCACUCGGACGGCCUGUGAGGAAGCCAUGACGGUCCUCGAGGAGGUCAUCAUGUUCACCUUCCAGCAGUCCGUCUACUACCUAACUAAGAGUAUGUACUCGGCCUUGCCCGGGCUGCUGGAUGGCAACCCGUUCUCAGAGAGCGGUCAGCUGCGGGUGCCCGAGGGCGUCAGCGGCAUCUUGGAGGUGCUGAAGGAGGCGCUGAAGCUGCUCAACGCCUUCCAGGUGCACCCGGACAUCUCCUUACAGCUCUGUGCCUACCUGUUCUUCUUCAUCAACGCGUCUCUGUUCAACGCCCUCAUGGAGAGAGGUUCUGUCGGUGGGUUCUACCAGUGGUCCCGAGGAGUCCAGAUCCGGGCCAACCUGGACCUGCUCAUCGACUGGGUGCAGAGCAUCGGCCUGGGCGACCUGUCCGCCGAGUUCUUCCAGAAGCUCUCAGCUGCUGUCAAUCUGCUGGCCACACCCAAAGAAACCCUCCUGCAGGCGUCCUGGGCCUCUCUGAGGGCCGAGUUUGCCGCCCUGAACUCGGCCCAGCUUCACCACAUGCUGAGGGAGUACAACUCGGGUAAGGCCUGUCCCUCCGGAUGGAGCCCGUCGGCGGAGGACGCCGAGGACGCCGUCAGGACGGCCGACAUCCUGGAGAGUUUUGACAACCACCCGCCGCUCAUCCUGCCCAGCAACACGUUCCACCUGGAGCUGGGCAAACCGGUGGUGGAGCCCGCCCUGUUUGAGCAGCUCAGUCGUCUGCAGGAGUUCGUGGGCCGUCUCCCCCGCGGUGAAACCCGAGCCGACGCUGAUCCAGAGCAACAGACUCUCAACGGGACGACCACAGACAGCCAGUCUGCGACCUCGCCCUCCGUCACCGUCUUCCAGGAUCCUGCCCGUCAGGGGGUCUCGGACCGUAUCCCCUGCCCCUCUCCGAUGGCGGAGGCGGACCUCACCUGCCCGGCGGCGCCCCCCCAGGCCCCGGCGUCUCACGGCGACCUGAGCUGCUGCGAGGCGGUCCUGGCCCAGAAGCUGAAGAACCUGGAGCUGCAGAACGCCCUCCCGGGUCAGGCCGACCUGGGCUGCCACAAGAGCCUGGCGCUGGACCCGUCCUGCUUGCUCACGCCGCCCAACACCCCCCAGGGCAUGGAGCUGGCCGAGCUGGAGGCUGACCUGCAGGAGGGAGCUCGUCAGCAGAAGAAAGCGCGGCUCAAAGGAGACGUGUUUCUACUCGGACAGGAAAACAAAGCAGAGGUGCUGUUUCCAGCCGGUGGAUGUGCCGAGAGGAGGAAAGUGAACGUGGAAGAGGCGGACGAGGAGGACAGAGACGAAGUGUUUACGGUGGAGCUGCACAGAGGGCCUCACGGUCUGGGCCUGGCGCUCGUCGACGGCCUGAAAACCCCCCUGAAAAUGAGUGGGAUUUACAUCAAGUCCGUGGUUCCCAACUCCCCUGCUGCUCAGUGCCAGAAGCUGCGACUGGGCGACCGCAUCCUCGCCGUUAACGGCAUCAGCCUCGUCGGCAUGGAAUACCACGUAGGGAGAGAGCUGAUUCGAUCGUCUGGAGACUCCCUCAGACUGCUGGUUGCCAAGGUCGAGUCAAGAGCGGCCAGUAAGGGCUCGGCUCCCGCUCACUGCUGAGGGCCGAGCUCUCCCCGAGUCCGUCAAGUGCAAUUGGACACACUGGAGGAGAUGCGGUUCAGCGCUCAUUCUCUCCGGGCGUUGGAUGAGGAUCGGCAUUUCUCUCUGGAUGUGUUCCCAAACCAAAGGAAAGUGGACGUGUUCAGCGACUUCACACUUCUCAUUUCAGACUCGAUAUCGCGAGGAGGCUGUCAUGCAUCGAGUCGUACUGUGCACAGAGCAAACGAGACAGCCAGCCAAAGCAGGGAGACUCAUUUUCCUUUUCGCUCGUCUCGGUCUCCUCUGAAUCUGAACCACUGUGAACGCCAUCUCGUACCAAAAAAAAC